CCCAUUCAGUGGACACACCUGUCCAAGCCUCAUGAGACAGGACGGAAGACGUGAGUCUUUCCACUCUGACACGAAUGAGACACACCUGCGAGAUGUCCUGGCUGGAAAGCCGGCAGAGAUGCAAAGUGUGCAGUUGAGUUGUCGAAUUGAUGGCCAUGGACGGAAAAUGGGAGGAAAACAUGACGAACUCAACUUUUGAUAACUUUAUUACUGAGCGAGUAGGACAUAAUGCUUCUAAGCUGAGUGAUAUCCGCGACCCGUUUUUAACGACUUAUCUCGUGGGAAUCCUCGUCUCUAUAUGUGGGAACUUCAUUAUCAGUGUUUCACUGAACAUACAGAAAUACGCCCACAUGCGCCAGUCUCUACGAAGCUCCGAGCCAUACUACACCUCCGUCCUGUGGUGGUGUGGCGUCGUGCUCAUGGGCGUCGGAGAACUGGGCAACUUUGCCGCCUACGGCUUCGCCCCCGCCUCCCUCAUAGCCCCUCUGGGCUGUGUGUCAGUCAUCUCCAGCGCUGUCAUAUCUGUGGUGUUUCUCAAAGAGACGAUCCGUGCCUCCGACAUCAUCGGCGGUACUCUGGCGGUGACAGGGACGUACAUCCUCGUGACCUUUGCCCCCCACGCCUCCACCCACAUCACCGCCAGCCUGGUCCAGAGGUACGCCAUGAGCUGGGCUUUCCUGAUCUACGGGUUCAUAGAGGUCCUCCUGUUUUGCAUUCUGCUCUACCUGUACAAGGUCAGCAAGAUGAAACACAUCGUCAUAGUGAUGCUGCUGAUCGCUCUGCUGGCCUCUCUGACAGUGAUCUCAGUCAAGGCGGUGUCUGGGAUGAUCAAAGAGUCUGUGAAGGGCUACAUGCAGCUUACCUACCCCAUCUUCUACGUCAUGCUCGUGGUCAUGGUGGCCUCCUGUGCUUUCCAGCUCAAGUUUCUCAAUCAAGCCAUGAGAAUGUUUGACGCUACUGAAGUCGUCCCCGUCAACUUUGUGUUUUUCACUGCCAGUGCCGUUAUAGCAGGAAUAGUAUUUUACCAGGAGUUCUAUGGAUUGGCUUUGUUAAACAUAUUCAUGUUUCUUUUAGGCUGUCUGCUGUCUUUCCUGGGUGUGUUCCUCAUCGCCAGGAAUAGGCCAAAGAUCAAAACACCAGACCGCAACUUCAUAGCUAUGGGCCAAAUCCCUGGCAGAAGACAGACGGACAAGGUCCAGCCAGAGAGCACGUACGGAUCGCUGGCGGCCAAACUGUGUAGCGGAAGCGAAAAGAUUGAGGAUUCGUAACUUCAGCACUACUAACACUCACACAGUUAAACGCAAACACAUCCACCACAGACGCAGUUAGCACCCAGUCUUUCCUCCUGGGUUGACUGGUAAGGAGCACAUGGACAACCUGACUGCGGACAGAGGAGAGAAAUACGCUCUGAUGCAACAGGAAAUACUGGAGAAACCUCAGGAUCAAACACAUUCACCAAUGCAAUCCAAUACUCUGGUUGAAUUUAGUUUUUUUGCCCUUCAUGAAAUUGCACUCAUGUUCCUGUUAGCAACUUAACUCACCUCUGGAUAUUCCUCUCUCAGAACUAAAGCACGUGGUUAGAUAACAUAUGUGUUUAGACUCUUGUCAAUUCAAUACUUUUUUUAUAAACUGUGAUUAUUUAAAUGUCUUGUGAGUGGCCUGAAUGCAACUUGGCAAAGCCAGAGCACCAGUGCCCUCUACUGGUAUAAAUAAACAACUAACGCCGAUGGACACUUC